GAGUGAUACUUCGCCCUUAACCAAUUGUGACUACUAGUGCCUCUUUUUUAAAAAAAAUGUCCUCUGUUAGCUGUGAAACCGUUCUCGAGUAUAAUGAUAGAGAAGAUGAUUCUUCUUCUCACUCUCAUUAUGGGUCUGAAGUAGAUAGUGCCCUAGAUAUAGUGAGGCGAGGCAGGCAGAUAUGCGGGUUGAUUCCAGGUGACAGGUUUGUCAUCAUGAGGGGUUAUUUGCUGACAAAAUUAUUUGAGAAUAAUGCCCAGCGCAACCUAGCAUCCUAUUCAGCCAAAAUAAGACGAUAUUUUGAGGCGAAAAAUGCCUUCCUGCAGCGUGAAUCAGAAAGAGGGUGUAUUUUCAACAUGAGCGGUAGAGUAACUAGAUCGCAGAAACAACCCUUGGAGACAGGGUUGAAAUUAUUUCAGCGCAAACGGGCUACGGACGGGCGUCCGGAUCUAAAAGGACUGUAUGACCAUUUGGACGAGAUCUAUUUUAAUAAUGAGCUCGCAAAUGCGGGCUACACGUUUCACUGGGGGCCGAAAAUGCCAUCCGCUUCGGGGUGCACGGAUUUGCCUAGGCGCGAGGUGCGCAUAAACUGGAAAAUACACAAGUUGCUUCCUGAAGAAGAUCUGAUCGGGACCAUGCUGCACGAGAUGAUACACGUGAAGCUAUUCCGGGAGAGGAAGGAUAUCGAUAGCCUGAAUCACACUGAGGUAUUCCAAAGAGAAGUGGACCGUAUCAACGCUAUUGGACCCUAUCGAGCGGACAUUAUUCACCAUCUUCCACAGAGGGUGACUAAUCAAUUAUAUUCGUACGUGUGGAGAUGUACAAGCUGUGCGUACAAGUUGCGGUUAUCAAGCUCUCUGACACCUGGUCUGAGAAAUGUCCAUUUUGUGCGUGGGCAAAAAUUUUGCGAUAACCCCUUGUGGGUCAAAGUCAAAUAAUUAGGUCAGAAAGCAAAACACGGGCCCUUUUCAUUUCAGUGCUCUUACUCAUUGUAAAAAAAAUAAAAUAAAAUAAAACGCAA